GUCACCUAUCAGUCUUGUUGUCUUGUCCCGUGUUGUAUGUUGUGUCAUUGUCAACAAACGACAAUGGAUUACUUCAAUUCCUUGCUGAUUUUCUUCGUACUCCUCAAUAUCUCCCUCACGGGGGCCCAACCUAGCGCCGAAGACGAGACCGACCCCACUAGAUACACGAUAGAAGGCAGAGCCUUCGCCCUCUCCGACUACCAAUCGAGCCAGCCUAACUGGCAAGCCAACACUAGAGUCCACGUGAACGGGGGCGAAUUUAUCGGGUUCGUACGAAAGGAUGGCUCUUUCGCCGUCUACAAUAUCCCCGCCGGCUCGCACGUCGUGGAGGUGCUCAACCCGGAGUACGUUUUCGAGCCAGCAAGAGUCGAGAUCAACUCGAAAGGAAAGUUCAGGGCGAGGAAGGUGAACCACAUCAAGACAUCAGAGGUGGUCAUGGUGCCUUAUCCGCUGAGGAUGAAAGCGUUGGGCAAAACGAGAUACUUCCAAAUACGAGAACAGUGGAGGAUCACCGACAUUCUCUUCAACCCGAUGAUCAUGAUGAUGGUGUUUCCGCUGUUCCUCAUCAUGGUCCUGCCCAAGAUGAUGAAUGAUCCGGAUACCAAGAAAGAAAUGGAGCAGAUCCAGAAUAUGGCCAAGUUUGAGCUGCCGGAAAUGUCAGAUAUGGUUUCCAAUUUCCUGGCAGGGUCUUCUCAUAGCGAGAAGAGCGACAAAGUGCCGGCUGCUAGCAAAAGGAACCUGAAGGCGAGGAAAAGGGUAGAUAAAUAAUUAACGGUGAAGCGAACUUGUUGGAAAAAGUAGUGUAAUGGUCAUUGAGAGUGGUGCGUUGAAUGGUUAAUUUAUUUAGGAGGAACAUGGAGUUUGUGGUGUCCCAGCUCCUGGCAGAGUUAAAUUGCCUUUCGAAGGCACUAAGACUGCUGUUUUCAAGCAAUUUUCACUGACUACAUAGUUGAGUAUUUUAACUGUUACUGUUUUUAACCAAUUUUGUUCGGGUUUCGUUGCUGAUGGGAAUUGGAAAUAUUUUUUCUAUUGGAAAUAAAAAUGAUCCUGCAGAACAAACUUAUCGAAAAUAUUCCAUUCGAUAUCUUUCAGAAUAAUUGCCAGACCAUGUAAGUGAUGAAAAAGUUACAAAACUUGGUAUACAGAAUAGAAAUGUAUUUUGUAUAAUUGAGAUUUGUUUGAUCAGUAUGUAAUACAUUAUACAAUAUUCCUUGAUGUUCUCUGGGCUUAUACCUUACAAUUAUUAUAGAUCAAUAGAGAAUCAGCUCAAGUGUAGUUAAGGAUACACUGGAAAGUUCACAGUCAAAAGGAAUACACACAUUUCCAAAACAGGCAUAUUUAACAGUAAUUUUUUUUCGUGUUUCAUAUAGGGAAUUGGUUUUUUUAUCCUAAAUGUUAGCCACUCUGAAAAAGUAAAGCAUUUAAAAUUUCUAGUGAACCUUUAUUGUGAGAUUUUUACUGAACAGUUUACAAACCUGCAACCCAUGUUUUGCCAUUCAAUAUCUUUGUCAGGUAAGUUCAUAAUGAUUAGAUUCUACACAUGACCUUCUACCUACUUACUGACUAAUAAUUCCACCAAAGUUUAUGUAUGAACUAAUCAAUUAUAAAAAAAAA